AUGGUUGCCCCGACUGGGACCACGGCCCAUCGAGUGGACCCGGGUUCAUGCCCUCAUUUGCCCAACACCAGCUGGGAUCGAGAUGAAGAUCUUUCCUGCAUCGCCACCACCUUCCACUAUUUAAACACCUCAGGCUGGUACUGGGGUUCCAUCUCGGCGAGCCAAGCUCGGGACAAACUCCUGGCAAAGUCUGAAGGCACGUUCCUGGUGCGGGACAGCAGUCACCCUCAGUAUAUGGUGGCGUUGUCAGUGAUGACCCAGUGCGGACCGACCAGUGUCCGAAUACAGUAUAGGAGAGGCUCUUUCUGGCUGGACUCGCUCAGUCCUGAGCUGCCUCAGCUGCAGUCUUUCCCUGACGUCAUCAGUCUCGUCCAGUGGUACACUACAACGGGACAAGCGCCGCAAGGACCGGCGGCGUCCAUUGAGGAUAAUCACCUCUCCCACAAAAGGCCCGACCAUGUCCUAGUCCCCUCUGUGAAGGACAACGGCGUGAUCCUGAAGCUGCUGCAUCCCCUACACAGGCCAGAGACCUUUCCACGUUUGCAGCACCUAGCACGCCUCGCUAUCAACAGAAACACAAACUGCCCUGACCAACUUCCCCUGCCGAAGUCUCUCCUGAACUACUUGCACGAUUACCCUUUCCAUAUCUGA